AUGUCCUUGGCUUCAGGUCCCAGCCCUUUUCAGCCCAAACUUUGCACACCAGUGGUCCUGCCGGUCUUCGCCCACUGCAAAGAAGCUCCGUCUACAGCCUCAUCUACCCCUGACUCUACAGAAGGAGGUAAUGACGACUCCGAUUUUCGGGAGCUGCACACAGCCCGGGAAUUCUCUGAGGACGACGAGGAGGAGACUACGUCGCAGGACUGGGGCACCCCCCGGGAGCUGACGUUCUCCUAUAUAGCCUUCGAUGGCAUAGUGGGCUCUGGGGGCCGCAGGGAUUCAGCUGCCCGUCGCCCUCGGCCCCAGGGCCGCUCAGUGUCGGAACCGCGAGACCUGCCCCCUCAGCCAGGAUUGGGCGACAGUUUGGAGAGCAUCCCCAGCCUGAGCCAAUCUCCGGAGCCUGGUCGCCGUGGUGACCCUGACUCCGCCCCUCUAACGGAGCACCCCGUGGAGGACCUGAGGCUCAGGCUGGAUCAGCUGGGCUGGGCGGCCAGGGGAGUGGGUUCCGGAGAGGACUCUGCCACCAGCAGCUCCACUCCACUGGAAGACGAGGAGCCGGAUGGAUCAGAGGUGGGAGAGGCUGGGGCAGAAUUGGACCUACAACUGCGACUCGCUCAAUCCUCGCGGCUUGAGAUCUUGACUCCCCAGCCUAGCCUGUGUUCUGGAGCCCCCCAGGCCAGUACCCCGUCUCCACCCCGGUCCCGGGAUUCGAACUCUGGACCUGACCACCCCGUGCUGGACGAAGAGGACGAGCCAUGGGGGCAGCUGGAGUGGGAGCCAAUCACGGCACAGUGCCUCAGUAGCACAGACCAAUCAAAAUUUACAUUGGAGCCACACUUUCUAGUGGCGGAUCUGCUGUACUGGAAGGACACGAGGACAUCAGGAGUGGUCUUCACAGGCCUCAUGGUCUCCCUGCUCUGCCUCCUGCACUUUAGCAUCGUGUCCGUGGCCGCCCACGUGGCUCUCUUGCUGCUCUGCGGCACCAUCUCUCUCAGGGUUUACCGCAAAGUGCUGCAGGCCGUGCACCGGGGGGAUGGAGCCAACCCCUUCCAGGCCUACCUGGAUGUGGACCUGACCCUGACUCGGGAGCAGACCGAACGUCUGUCCCAUCAGAUUGCCUCGCACGUGAUCGCUGCGGCCACGCAGCUGCGCCAUUUCUUCUUGGUAGAAGACCUCGUGGAUUCCCUCAAGCUGGCCCUCCUCUUCUACAUCUUGACCUUCGUGGGUGCCGUCUUCAAUGGUUUGACUCUUCUCAUUCUGGGAGUAAUCGCUUUAUUCACCGUCCCCCUGCUGUACCGGCAGCACCAGGCCCAGAUCGACCAGUAUGUGGGGCUGGUGACCAAUCAGUUGAGCCACAUCAAAGCUAAGAUCCGAUCUAAGAUCCCAGGGACUGGAGCCCUUGCUUCUGCAGCAGCCGCAGUCUCUGGAUCCAAAGCCAAAGCCGAAUGAGAGAGGUGUCUCUGUCCGUGGGACGCCCGCCCCCACCCCUAGUCUCCCUCCACCCCCUUCCAUUUUCUCCAUCCCACCGUCUCUCCUACUGGGCCCUAGCCAUUUCCCAGUGUGUAUUAGGAUCACUCACGCUGGGGAAUCUACCUGAAGUCUCCGAGCGGCCAGGACUACAUUUCCCAAGAGGCUCUGCUCUAAGAGUCUAGGAAAGACGAGGCAAAUUACCGCGGGGCCUGCUGGGUCUUGUAGUUAGACAGGGCACCGCCCCGCACUUCCGUGACCCGGCCGCUGGAGGAGCUGUGAGGGGUUGGCAUCUCCUGGACACCACUAGCCCCAACGCUGGGGCUUUGCAUGGGGCCUAUGAAAGGCCUGAGCUUGGAUUUACACUGUAAUAAAGACUCCUGUGGAAAACCCAAGGCCUCCUGUGCUUCCAGAC